AUGACUGGUAAAGCUCAAAAACUACAAAGGCCAAAUGGAAAUCUUAAAGAUAUUUUAAAAAUUAAAGAAUUGAAUAUUGAAAUGCAAAAAGUUUUCAAAAAUUAUCUUAAUGCUAUUAAUGCACAAUUUCUAAUAUAUGACUUUGAAGAUACACACGAAGAACCACGUGGUAAAGUAAAAAAGGCAGAACAUGAAGAUUUAUGUAGUUAUUAUAAAAAUUCAAAAAAAAAAUGGAAAUUAAGAUUUGCAAGAGGGUUAAACUUUUUAGAGGUCUAUGAAAUAUAUCAUCAUGAUCAUCAUGAUGUUCGAAAUGAAAAUGUAAUGAUUACUUUUCACAAACAAGCUAAGAUUGCAGUUAAUAUUACAUCUACAA